AUGGCGCCGUCGCGCGGACCGACGACCGUAGCGCGCAACCUCCACUUCACGCUCGACAGACAUAAAGGGCCGGUUCACGUUGUCCGAUAUGCAAAGGGCACAGCGAAGUAUGUCCUCACUGGAGGCCAGGACCGCACCGUCCGCCUGUGGAACCCCGAGUUGGGGACGGAAAUCAAAAAGUACGCUGCACAUGGCUAUGAGGUCCUGUCCAUCAGUGUGUCGCACGACAACAGUAAGCUCGCCUCUUCGGGAGGCGAUCGGUCUGUGUUUCUGUGGGAUGUCGUGACGGGCACGACCAUAAGGCGGAUAGCAGGGCACAUGAGCAAAAUCUUCACGGUUGAAUUUAACCAGGAUGCCAGCAUCGUGGCGAGCGGCUCUUAUGACUCCACAGUCAGAUUGUGGGACCUCCGCUCUCAAAACCGACAGGCUAUCCAAGUUCUCGAAGACGCGCGUGACUCCGUGCAGACGCUCCAUGUCGGACCCACCUACAUCCUCACCGGGUCCGUCGACGGCCAUGUGCGUACCUACGACUUACGCAUGGGCGAGCUGCGCGCAGAUUUCAUUGGACAUCCAGUAACUUCCGUCGUGCCUUCGCAGGACGGCCAGACGUACUUGGUCUCUACGCUUGAUUCUCACGUGCGCCUGAUGGACAUGUCCACGGGAAAAAUGUUGAACGACUUCACUGGGCAUGCCGUCUCGUCGUAUCGCUGCCGCGCGUGCUUCGGACACGGCGAGGCGAGCGUCGUGUGCGGCGAUGAGAAGGGGACGGUGUGGGCAUGGGACCUGCUCGACGCCGCGCCGAUGCAGCCGAACCCUCCGCCACGAGUGCAUGAUAAGGUGAUUACUUGGGUAGAGCACCAUCCAGUAGAGCCAGGCGAGCUCGUCACUGCAAGUGCCGACGGGACGGUGAAGGUCUGGAGGAAUUCAAGCCCGUCAGAUGCUUGA